AUGGAGAACGAACGCGGCGAGCUUGUUGACCUCUACGUCCCCCGCAAGUGCUCUGCGACGAACCGCAUCAUCAAGGCCAAGGACCACGCAUCCGUCCAGAUCUCGGUUGGCAAGGUUGACGAGAACGGCCGCUACACCGGCGAGAACCAGGUCUACGCCCUCUCCGGCUUCGUGCGCGCCAUGGGCGAGAGUGACGACAGCAUCAACAGACUGGCACAGCGCGACGGCUUCCUCAAGGGCGUGUGGAGUGGCAGCAGAUAA